GUGAACCUGAUCGGAGCAAUUCCCUCGUAGACUCCUUCUCCCUGCCCAAACACACAUUCUGGUGGCAUUGUAUCACGUUCAAGCUGUGGUGUUUGUGCUACGUGAAGGUGUGUCGUGAGCCCUGACAAACCGAAUCGAACCGCCUCUUCCGUUCAACACGCGUGAGAUUAAGCAGCUUUCCGAGCUGGUGACGCCCGGUUGCCCUACGAAUACGAUUCCCGACACAACUACGACAUUACCUCGACGUUGAGCCUCGCUUCUUCGCACCAAAGGGCCUGCAGGCGGUGGCUUAGUGCACGGCAAGAUGAAGGCUGCUCCGCUGCUGGUCACCUGGCACCACGAGAACGCUCCCAUAUACUCGGCCCACUUCGAGCCCCAUGGCAAGGGACGACUGGCGACGGCGGGCGGCGACAACAAUGUGCGGCUUUGGAACGUCGAGAGCAACGGCGAGGAGCGCAAGAUCACCUAUCUCUCCACCCUGGCCAAGCACACGCAGGCCGUGAAUGUCGUCAGAUGGUGUCCGCGAGGUGAGAUGCUCGCCAGCGCCGGCGACGACGGCAACGUGCUGCUCUGGGUCCCCGCCGAGAACCACACGGCGCACUCCAACUUCGAGGGCGGCGAGCUCGAGGACAAGGAGACGUGGCGCGUCAAGGCCAUGUGUCGCUCCAUUGGGUCCGAGAUCUACGACCUGGCCUGGUCACCAGAUGGCGUCUUCUUCAUCACGGGCAGCAUGGACAACAUCGCCCGCAUAUACAAUGCCCAGACGGGGAGCAUCGUGCGCCAGAUCGCCGAGCACAACCACUACGUCCAGGGCGUGGCUUGGGACCCCAUGAACGAGUACAUUGCGACUCAGUCGUCGGAUAGAUCCGUGCACAUCUACACCCUGAAGACAAAGGACGGCCAGUUCUCGCUGGCCCAGCACAGCAAGGUCACCAAGAUGGACUUGCCCGCUCGUCGUGUGUCCUCGAACAGCCCUGCGCCCCCUGACUUUGGCGGACGCGCUUCGUUUGUUGCCGACUCUGCAAUGGGCAUGGGCUCGCCAGUCCCUUCGAUGCCUGGCACCCCACAGUCGCUGGCCCUGCCUACCAUGCACCCGCCCCCGACAUCACACAGCAGACGGUCAUCCUUUAGCUCGGCGUCGAUGCGUCGCUCAGCCUCUCCCUCUCCGUCCAUGCCUCUGCCCGCUGUGAUGCCCAACUCACCCAGUAUCAGCAGCAUCGGCACGUUUGGCGUCCGCAAUGCCCCCAUAUAUUUCAACGAGACACUCACAUCGUUCUUCAGACGUCUUGCGUUUGCUCCAGACGGAAGUCUGCUCUUCACUCCAGCCGGCCAGUACAAGACACUGAACCCCUCCGUCGGCGAGGCGAAGCCAACCGAAGACAUCAGCAACACCGUCUACAUCUACACACGAGCUGGGCUGAACAAGCCGCCAGUUGCUUUCCUGCCGGGCCACAAGAAACCAUCUGUCGCUGUUCGAUGCUCGCCCAUCUACUACACGCUCCGCCAGAACGCUCCACCCACAAAACAGAUCACCAUCGACACGUCGUUUCCAGGGGGCGAUGAGCUUCUUUCCCUGCCAGACCCCAUCCUGCCUUCGAGGCCACCACCCACAUCGCACUCUUCCAUGGACCCGCCACCACUGACGAGUGCACCAUCUCCCUCGCCCAGCGUAUCGGCUCCUUCGCCAAUGCAUGGUGAUGGCGAUACACCAGCUCCCACGGGCCCUCCUCCAGGCCCUGCGUCGGCAUUCAGUCUUCCUUACCGCAUGAUCUAUGCAGUCGCGACGCAGGAUGCUAUUCACGUGUAUGAUACUCAACAACAGAAGCCAUUGUGCAUUGUGAGCAACUUGCACUUUGCUACAUUUACGGACAUUACAUGGUCGAAUGACGGGGCCACGCUGCUGAUGACAUCCUCAGACGGAUUUUGUUCUGCGGUGACGUUUGCAUCCGGCGAGCUGGGAGAAAAGUACACAGGCCCAUUAGCGAUUCACAGCAGACCGCACCACACGCCCGCUGCCAUCAACACAACCGCAUCGCAAUCCUCAAACCACUCCACUCCCGUCCAGACACCCACCACGACAAGCCACUCAGGCUCGACAAACGCCACGGCACAGCCAAUGCAAAAACAACCCUCGGCAGGUUUCCCCGCAUCGCUGAGCUCCUUCCCCGCCAGGCCCGGUAGUCCAACCAGAAGCAACUCCGUCUCCAGCAUCGCCACCGUCUCGUCUUUCGCCCAGGGCGUAAGCGAUCAGAGCACCAUGAACGCUCCCACACCAGCCAUGUCCUCCGUGCCCAGCUUAGCCGCUGCGAACUCGGGACCCGUCCCGAUGCGCACACCGCCUCUCACACCCGCUCACAGGCAGAACAACACGACUGGGACGAGCAGCGGAGUGAAGGAAAGCGAGUCUGAACGCGAAGACGCUGCGCCUGGGGCUAAGAAGCGCGAUCUUCACCCUGUUCCUGAGGCGGAAGAUGGCAGGGAGAAUAAGAAGAGGAGGAUUGUGCCUACGCGUGUUGUUAUGGAGAGCGAGAGUGGGGGUUUGGAUGCGCGUGUGGAGGAGGAUGCGACGAUGGGUUGAUUCUUCUGCGUAGUAGGAGGGUUUUACUUUUGAACUUUUUCGUUUUGGGCGGUCACCUUUGGGGUCUUUUCUCAGCACGGCGUUUGGGUGGUGGGGGUUAGCUUGUUGAGGCUUCCCCCGUGGAUGGGAGUAUGUGUGUAUAUGCUUUUUUUGCGGGUUCUGGG